AUGGAAGGGAACAAGUUGAAAGCAGAUAUUGUAGCUUACAGUAUUAUCAUUGAAGCUUUGUUCAAAGCUGGGAAAAUUGACUCUGCAACAGACGUCUUCUCUGGUUUGUCAUCGAAAGGAGUAUUGCCUGAUGUAUGGACAUACAGUAUAAUGAUCAAGGGACUUUGUGAUGGUGGCAUCUUUGUUGAAGCAGAAAAGUUGUUUAGAGAAAUGGAGCAAAAAGGCUGUUCUGCUGAUGGCUGCACCUAUAACACAAUUAUCCGAGGGUUUCUCAAUAACAAUGAGACAUUGAGGGCUACAAGUCUUAUUGAAGAAAUGUGUGAGAGGGGUUUCUCUGGAGAUGCAUCAACUAUGGAAUUGAUUUUUGAUUUGUUGUUAAAGGAUAAAGUUGAUCCUGUAUUAUCAGCAUGGCUUAAAGAUUCAUUGUUUCACCAUAUUGAGAAUGCCAACUAUGAGGUUGCUGCAUCAGAGCAGAUUCAGGAGAUUAAUGGAAUUAUUGAUGAGAUAGAUGAAUUUGGAUGUAUCCAGGCGGGCAAGGCAAACAAGGUUGCCACCCUUCCGGUUCAUGCGGCGGGUGCUGAGAGAUCUCAGUUUCUGAUGUUAACUGGAUUCAACCCAAGGUCAGUUCAAGCUGUAAAAUGCUUUCAUGCUUUGUGUUCAUUUGUAUCAUCGUUGGGUGGAGUUUUAGAAUACUUCCCUGAUGUUAAAGACUGCCUCUUUGAAUAA